GGAUUUAUUUUUUGUUCGCUAUGUUAAACAAGACGAAUACAUAUUCUGCUAACUCUGAGCAAAAUUGAGAAUUGAUUUAUGUGUGCAAUAUAACAAUGAAGUCGAUGAGUUUCAAGGAGAAACGUCCUCAGCCGAUUACAAUCACUUCUACCGAGGUGCGAGACAUGAGUGAUAGCCCGGCCGAUUCACCCGCCUCACCAACUAGUGGGAGCAACCAGACCACCAAAAGUGAAGAACCUGUGAAAGUGGUUGUGUUGGGGUCGGCCAAAGUUGGUAAAACUUCGAUUAUUCAACGGUUCCUGUAUAAUCGCUUCGAAUCUAAAUACAUCCCCACAGUUGAGGAUAUGCACACAAAGAAACUCAUUGCCCGUGAUCACAUAGUGCGGCUGGUUCUGAUCGAUACAGCAGGCAGUUUCGAUUUCCCGGCCAUGAUUCGGCUAUGCAUUGAUAAAGCACACGCGUUCAUUUUGGUAUUUUCCCAUGACAACCCAGGUUCUUUGGUUCAGGCGGGAAUAUUCCUUAAUCAAAUCAAAUCUCAGCGGAAGGAUUACGCACCCCUGGUUUCUACAAUGCCACAUAACAUCAGUGAAAAAUCGUCUGUUGUCGCCCCCACAAGCGCCAGUCCAAUUGGUCCUGGAUCACCUCCAAUCACUGUAGUUUGCAACAAAUCCGACCUACCGUUGUCGUGCUCCCGGAUUAGUGAGAGUGUGAUAAUGGAGUGGCUGCUUACAAAUGGUUUGAAACCAUCGCAAUUUGUUUACGCAAGUGCUAAAUCAAAUGAUUCUAUUCAAGCCAUAUUUAAGUCACUUUGGAUUCAAAAUGAGACAACAAAGUCAAUUCAACUGGAACCAUGGGACAAUAGUCGCCGAUCCAGCAUUCACAGUGUUCGUCCACAGACACCAACACUUCCGGCAACAGAUUUCUCCGCACUCAGUGGUACAGUGCAACAAGCUGAAGAAAGUGGCGACGGACCAAACAAUGCAGAAUCUGAAAAGACUCCAUUCAAAUCACGACCCAACCUUUUCCGUAGCAGCCUGCGAUUAGCUCGAAGAACUAGCUCAAAACACAACAAGGCGAAACCUGAGUUUGAGCAUGUAGACUGUGUAAUUUCCUGA